CACACACACACGCAUACACAGGAGCUAGGUCUGCGAGUAGAGCGAGGUGAGAGCCAAUACAGGCGGGAGGCCGGAGCUGCUCGGAUCCCUCUCUGCCCCCCUCGCCCUCCCGGAGUCUUACCCUCCCCUCGGGAUUGCAAAGCACCGGAGCCCGACUCCAGAAGCCAAAGGCAAAGACUGAGAAGGACACCCCACAUUGAAAAAAAAAAUUCCCCUCUGCCUCCUCUUGAAAGGCAAAGCCUGCUGGUCCCCUCCCUCCCCAGAAGAAGGAGGAAGAAAAAAAAAGGGAGGAGAAAAUAGGGGAGAAGAAGGGAGCCCAAGCUUUUUUUCUUGCUCGUUGCUUGCUGCCCGGCGUGUUGGGAGGAAAAUAAAAGUCGGAGAGGCCAGAGGAGAAGAGAAGGAGGCGGAAAGUAAGCAGCCACCCUCGAGGGAGCCCCGAGCCCAGACAAGCGACUGCCUGCCGUGCUUUUUUUGAUCUUUCCUCCUCCUCCUCUCCUCCUCCUCCUCCUCCUGCUUGCUUGCGUGUCUGCAGCCGAGGCGAGGAGCCUGGGCGAGGAGCAACCCCGAGAGGAAGAAGACACACACGGCUGCAGUAGCGUUUGCUAGAGAGCCUGCCAGCCUUGCGAGCUAGAGAGCGAAGCCGACGCCAGUCUCACCUCCUGUCAGCCUCGGCAUCACCCCCUCAGACCUGUUUUUUCUCUCUUCUCCCUCCUGCCAGCCGUGGGGCCUGGAGGAAGUGGGGACGGGGUCGGGGCGAGGGGACCAAGGCAAUCUCUCGGAGAUCCACCUCGGAAAAAUCAAGAAGAGCCAGUGAAGGCUGGAGUAUUUUUUUUUUGAGGGGGGGAGUGGGUGGCUCUUUGUUUUUUUUUUUUUCUUUCGCUGGGGUGGUGUAGGUGGGAGGAAAGACGAGAGACUCACUUAAAAUAAUCAGACGAGCAUGGUGGAAGCUGCCGAUUCAAAGCUUUCUUUGGAUUAAAAAAAGAUACAUAUACACAUAUGUAUAUAUCUUUGGCAGAAGAAAAGGGGAGGAAGACGUACGGAGCUCCUGAAAGAAAAAAAAAAGAUGUUAACUCGUGGAUACAUUUUUUUCCACCAAAUAUUUUUUUGUGAUACUUUGUAAAGGUCUCCCCCCCCCUUUUUUUUUUGAAAACUCCAAUACAACCGGACGUCCCCAGGGCUGCGCCUUGCACUGGUGAUUGUUUCAAAUUUUUAUUUAGAAUAUUUGGGCUCAACCCCUCCUUUUAAUUGGAAAAUAAUUCUUUCGCCAGGCACCUCAUGCGGGGUGAAAUUCACUUUCUUCCCCUCCCCCGAACCUUCGUGUGGAUGGAAUUUGUGGAGAUCCGGUUACUAAGGAUAUAGUGCAAAAAAAAAAAAUUAAAUCGCGUGCCUGCCUUUUUUUAAUUGCCAGCUUCUCACCCUCAAAUUAAGUUGCUUAGAGAAGGAGAAAAGAGCAUUUUUUCCUGAUUCAAUCAACGAAACAAAACCUUUAUUUUCCUUUUCCUGAGGUUCUUAGCCUCAGUAAGGAGCUGAGGCUGGAGGUGUUGACAUUCAAAAGCUACUCCUCUUCGUUCUGCGUUUGGGGGACAGUGAGGACAGAAGGGAGAACUACCCCUCCUGAAUCUCCGUUUUUUCUCCCUUUUCCUUUGUAUCUUCACUUGGUCAGCCCGUUCGGUUUCCUCUGCGGGGCUGGGAGAGACGACCUGAAUCGGGUUCCAGUGGAACGGGGUGGGGAAGCCGGAGAGGAGCGGUCCCUCCCCUGCCAGGCCCCCCCAAACCCCCCCACUCUCUCCGGGUUCCGAGAGACUGGCGCAUGUUACGGAGCGUCCCUCCUGCCGCUGCCGCUCCUGCCCGGGCUCCUGCUGCUGCUGCUGCUGCUGCUGCCGCCUGCGACUGCUGCCCCAACUCGGCGCCCAAAUUCUUCAUGGUGUGCGGAGGUCAUGUUCGCUCCUUAGCCGGGAAACGACUUUUCUCCUCGCCUCCUCGUCCCGCAUGUUCAGGACCAAACGAUCGGUGCUCGUCCGGCGUCUCUGGAGGAGCCGUGCGCCCGGCGGGGAGGACGAGGAGGAGGGCGCAGGAGGAGGCGGAGGCGGAGGAGGAGGAGGGGAGCCGAGGGGGGAAGGGGCGACGGACAGCCGGGCGCAUGGGGCUGGAGGAGGAGGAGGAGGCGCUGGUAGGGGUGGCUGUUGCCUGGGCAAGUCGGUCAAAGGUGCCAAAGGUCACCACCACCACCAUCACCACCACCCCUCCUUGGGCGCCGGCGCUGCCGGGGGCUCGGAGGCGGAAUUGAAGGCGCUAACGCACUCGGUGUUGAAGAAACUGAAGGAGCGGCAGUUGGAGUUGUUGCUGCAGGCGGUGGAGUCCCGCGGGGGCACCCGCACCGCCUGCCUCCUCCUGCCUGGCAGAGUGGACUCCAGGCUGGCGCUGGGGCAGGGGCCGCCCGCGUCCCCUCUCCAGACUCAGCCUACCCAGCCUCAGCCGCCGCCGUCGUCUUAUUCGCUCCCCUUGUUGUUGUGCAAAGUGUUCAGGUGGCCAGAUCUCAGGCAUUCCUCGGAAGUCAAGAGGUUGUGUUGCUGUGAAUCUUACGGGAAGAACAACCCAGAGCUGGUCUGCUGCAACCCUCACCACCUUAGUAGACUCUGCGAACUAGAGUCUCCCCCUCCUCCCUACUCCAGAUACCCAAUGGAUUUUCUCAAACCAACUGAGUGUCCAGAUGCUGUGCCUUCCUCCACUGAAACAGGGGGAACUAAUUAUCUGGCCCCUGGGGGGCUUUCAGAUUCCCAACUUCAUCAGGAGCCUGGGGAUCAGUCACACUGGUGCGUGGUAGCAUAUUGGGAGGAGAAAACAAGAGUGGGUCGGCUCUACUCUGUCCAGGAGCCCUCCUUGGAUAUCUUCUAUGAUCUACCUCAGGGGAAUGGCUUUUGCCUCGGACAGCUCAAUUCGGACAACAAGAGUCAGCUGGUACAGAAAGUCCGUAGCAAAAUUGGCUGCGGCAUCCAGUUGACUAGAGAAGUAGACGGCGUAUGGGUGUAUAACCGUAGUAGUUACCCCAUCUUUAUCAAGUCGGCCACACUGGACAACCCCGACUCCAGGACGUUGUUGGUGCACAAGGUGUUCCCGGGUUUUUCCAUCAAGGCUUUUGACUAUGAGAAAGCGUACAGUUUGCAACGGCCCAACGACCAUGAGUUCAUGCAGCAGCCGUGGACGGGCUUCACCGUGCAGAUCAGCUUCGUGAAAGGCUGGGGCCAGUGUUACACAAGGCAGUUCAUCAGCAGCUGCCCGUGCUGGUUGGAGGUCAUAUUCAACAACCGAUAACGCAACAGGAACCGGAGGGGACUAGAUGACGUUUAAAACUACUUUGCUGCUAAUAUUUUCCUUCUGAGUGCUUGCUUUUCAUGUAAACUCUUUGGUUGUUUUAGUUUUUAAUUGUUGUUUAUGGUUUUCUGUUUGUUUUGUUCUCGAGAAAUAGCUUAUGGAAAGAAUUAUUUGUUUUUGGGGGGGGAGGGAAAUAGGCUAGGGAGGGCUACCUGCUAAGUUGAGAAUUUAAAAGGGGAAUAAAAACCAACAACACCAAACAAAAGGUAUAAAUGACCAAUGAGUCAGAAGAGAAGGGGGGGUCACUUUCCCUGUCCCAAAUCACCAUUUCACAUGUCCGAUCUGUAUGGGCAAGAGGGGGACGGUUAUGCAAGGGGAGACACUUUGUGAUACAGAUGGGGAGGGUAUUUCUCUUAAGGAGGAGCUUCAGUAAGAAGCCACAACAGUGCAUAGCUUGUUAGCCCUUUGUAAAUGCUUGAGGGGUCAGAAUGUUAGUGCCCUGUUGGGUUCUAUCUAUUGGUUAGGUAUUCCCAUAUAGUAAGGCAACCUCUGUGAGAGAGUCCCCUUGACCUGGCCCCUCCCCAGGUACUUCUUCCCCUUUGGUAAUUGGCUUGGAAUAGAAGGCCAAGGGCCCACGCACACAAAGGUCUCUUGGAAAGUACUUUCACCCCGGUCGUCCCAACCUUUUGCCACCCUCACUGCUGCCAUACUUGUUUUUUUUUUCUUUUUUCCCCCCUCUUUUUUUUUUUUUUUUUUAGUGAGGCAAUUGGGGUUAAGUGACUUGCCCAGGGUCACACAGCUAGUAAGUGUUAAGUGUCUGAGGCCGGAUUUGAACUCAGGUACUCCUGAUUCCAGGGUCGGUGCUCUAUCCACUGCGCCACCUAGCUUCCCCUUUUCCCCCUCUUUUUGGACAUCUUGGUUUUUCUGUGAGUUUCGACUUCCCUGAAGUAUUGCUUAUAAAGUGCCCACUUUCUUCCCAGGCCCACAAUUCCUACCACAGGAAAAAUUGGACUCAACGUCUCUCCUCCCUAAAACCACCACUGUGAGUUUGGGAGGAGAGGGAAAGAGGAGUUCCUUGAGUGGGAAGGAAUGGAAGGGAAAUCUCCCUGCUAUACCACCCCCCCUCCCUUUCCACUACUCCCUCAAUGGUCCAUCUUAACCCAAAGCCGGUUAUCAAGGUACCACUUGUGUCCCAGAAUACUGUGUUUUCAUUUCUUCUACAACUCAUACACUUGUAUGAUACUUUUACACUGUUCUUAGCUCAAUGAGCAUGUUUAGACCUUAACAUAAGCUAUUUUUCUAACUACAAAGGUUUAAAUGAACAAGAGAAGCAUUCUCAUUGGAACUUUAGCAUUGUAGUAGUGCUUGGUGAGAGAGAAAGGACUCCUGAAAAAAACUGAGAUUUAUUAAAGAAAAAAUGUAUUUUAUGUUAUAUAUAAAUAUAUUAUUACUUGUAAAUACAAAGACGUUUUAUAAGCAUCAUUAUUUAUGUAUUGUGCAAUGUGUAUAAACAAGAAAAAUAAAGAAAGAUGCACUUUGCUUUAAUAUAAAUGCAAAUAACAAAUGCCAAAUUAAAAAAAGAUAAACACGAGAUUGGUGUUUUUUCUAUGGGUGUUAUCACCUGGCUGAAUGUUUUUCUAAAGGAGUUUAUGUUCCAUUAAACAAUUUUUAAAAUGUA